AUGCCGCAGGCACGCGAGCCUGCCAACCCGUAUUCCCGUCCGCCACCGCCACCCCAGCUCCCCCACGUCAGCUCGAGUUUCCCGCCGCCCGGGGCGCGCUACGGCGGACAUCACGAAUCAGGCGGCGAGCAGCCGGUCGCCUCGUCCUCGCGUCAACCGCCCCUGGGCCAGUCAUUCCCUGAAAGCUACUCCCUCCCUCUGCCAGGACCCAGCCGUGGUUAUGAGGCGGGGCGUGGCCGUAUCCCUGAGGCGCGCUCCGAGUACGGCUCGCCCACCCUUGGGUACCUGCGCCGCCACCUCGAACCGGAGGGCGUGGCGUACCCCGACGACCCCCGCAGAGGACGCUCGCUGCCGCCGCGUCGCUCAGCUGGAGCAAGCGGCUCGAGGCCCCUGCCGAGCCGCUUGCCCGAGCCUGAGGAGCGCGGACUCUACCCGCCGCCGUAUGCUCAGGUUCUGCCGUACUCGCGUGGCUCGCCCGUCGCGGAGCGGGCGGGCGACAUCGAGAGGCGGCUCUCGCCCGUCGACUUUCGAACACGCCCGGGGAGCAGGCGAUCGGUCAGCCCCGCGGAUCGUCGGACGACUCUGCCUGUCGCCGAGGUGGAGAGGCCACUGCUGCACAGAUUCGAAAGCGUGCCGGAUUUUCGUGCACCUCCUCCUGGCUAUGGGCACGGUGCUCAAUCGCCCUUCCCCGUGUCGUACCAGGCUUCGACGCAGUACGAUCCAGCCACGAUGGCACCGCGAUAUACGGCGGCAGCGCGUCUGCCAGUGAACACGCCGUACAGUUUCGAUCCAAACGCGCCGCCGAUCGGGGAGGUGGAGACAAUCGCAUCGCCCCGAUACUCUGGGCCGCUGUUCUCGGAGCCCAGGAGCUAUCAGCAUUCGCUGACGUCGCAUUCGACGCAUUCUGGAGACGACGGGAACGACACAGAAGACAGCGUGAGUAGGCGGGGGCCUGAGGAGGACGCACCGCCGGAACCUGGGCCUUCGCGCCGGACGUCGCGCAAACGUCGGCGUGCAGAGGACGUGGAAGCUAGUGCGUCGUGGGCAGGAUCGCCGUCAAGGGCGGGCGAGUCUCCAGAGCCGCCUCCGCGGAAGCAGAGCAAGAAGACAGAGAAGGCGUGUUUCUUCUGUCGGAAACGGAAGCUCAGAUGCGACGGCCAGCCUUUGUGCGGCAACUGCGCGAAGCGACAGGUCGCGUGCAAGUACCCGCCAGGGAGGCCCAAGCGGCGCGGGCCUGGCAAGAAGAACCUGGCGAAGCAGGCGGUGUCGACGGUGCAGGGCACCCUUGGCCCGCUGUCGGGGCCAUUCACAUUCCAGCCUCCAGACCGGUACUACCCUCAGGCUGGCGAGGAAGCUGCGAUGCAGCCCCAUGCGAUGUUCCCACCCGAUCCUCCUGUGCUUGCGCCUCGUAGUCCGGGGCGACUGCCGGGUUCAGGGUCCGCAGAUCGUCCGAGCGAGGACCGGUACUUUUCGCUAGGCCCAUUGGGCGAGUCGCUUGGGUCGGAGUACUCGGCAGAGGAUGUGGUGGAGGAGGGUUCUGGCGGGCAGGGGACGGACGAGGAGGAAGACGACGGGUCGACGCCACCGGAGCGGUAG